UGUGUGUCUCUGUCCCCAUGGCAACGCCAGCCGCCUGCCUGCCUGCCUGCCUGCCUGAGCAUGGCGCUCCGUGACAUGGUGGACUUGGACUCCGGCCUGCAAGGCCAGGACUGGGGGGCCCUCAACCCAGAGCAGCAGAUCAAGCUGUCCCACUUCAAGGUGGGUCAAGGGGAGGCGAGGAGGAAGGGGGGGUCCAGGGGGGUCCCUUAGAAAAGACCCACAAAGCUUGGCACUGUGGCUCCGCUUUCCCAAGGCAUGCUGGGAGUCUGGUUCACGCUCCCCGCAAAGGGGCUUCUCUCGUGGUUCGGGAGGGGCAAAGCAGGUUUGGAGAGGAUGGGCAAGAAAUAGUGAUAAAGCGGAUGAAAGGCGCGAAGAUGGGGAGCACGGGGAAACGGGUGGUUUAGUUUUGGGGUGUUCAGAAGUCACAGCCCCCUGGAGAAGUCGCUUAGCAUAAUCACAUUGUGAUUAUGAUUAUGAUUACUAUGAUUAAACCUGUUUCUUUCAGAACAAAGUUUUAAAUAACUGCCUGCUUCGCGUUGGCUUCUUUUUGUUGUUCUCUCUCUCUCUGUGUCUAAUAUCUAUCUAUCUAUCAUCUAUCUAUCUAUCUAUCUAUCUAUCUAUCUAUCUAUCUAUCUCUAUCUAUCUAUCUAUCUAUCUAUCUAUCUAUCUAUCUAUCUCUCAUCUAAUCUAUCAUCUCUCUGCCUUAUCUGUCUUAUCUGUCUGUCUGUCUAAUGUCUAAUACAGUGUACCUCAGGUUAAGUACUUAAUUCGUUCUGGAGGUCCGUUCUUAACCUGAAACUGUUCUUAACGUGAAGCACCACUUUAGCUAAUGGGGCCUCCUGCUGCUGCUGCUGCGCUGCCGGAGCCCGAUUUCUGUUCUUAUCCUGAAGCAAAGUUCUUAACCUGAAGCACUAUUACUGGGUUAUAGCAGAGUCUGUAACCUGAAGCGUAUGUAACCUGAGGUACCACUCUAUCUAUCUAUCUAUCUAUCUAUCUAUCUAUCUAUCUAUCUAGCUAUCUAUCUAUCUAUCUAUCUAUCUAUCUAUCUAUCUAUCUAUCUAUCUAUCAUCUUUUGUCUUUUUUUAUGUGAUGGCGCAAUUUGGAGCGGGAUUGACUUUAUUUUUCCAGUGCAAAAGCUUCGGGUAUUUGUCCAUUUUGGGCGAGCCUCUGGGGCUGGCGUUAGCGAUGGCUGCAAACUUGGAUGGCUUUUAAAGAAGACUAGGCCUGCUCACAGAGGAUACAGCUCUCGGGGGCGGGGGCUGCAAGUGCUCAUCAGCACUCUACACAUGCUCCAGGAUGCUUAUUUUGCACUCAAAACACUUGCCUGCAAUUAGUGGUGAUCUUUACCGGUUGGGCUGUUCUGCUACAUGGCUACUGCUGAGAUAUGACAGGCAGCUGUUACCUGUACUUUCCAGAAACAAUUGAAUACAUUUUUAUUUUAUUUCCAAACUGGAUAAAAAGAUCUCAGCUUUGGCUUUUCUUUGCUUACCAUCUUCAAAACACACACUCUCUCUCUUUUUUAACGAUACGAAGGCAAAUCGCCUUGAGACAUAAAUGUAAAAGCAGAUUCGUAAAUUAAUAAAUCAUCGCCAUCCUUUUAAGUAGACGCCCUCCCCGGUUUGCAUCUGCAUCGGGAUUGUUUUGAGAUAUUUUAAUUGCUUUCUCGUUUGUGCAGUUGCUGCCCUGGGCUCCUCUGGGAGGAAGGGUGGGAUAUAAAUUUAAUAAAAUAAAACAAAACAACCACAACCACCAUAAAAGCUAACCGAGGCCGUAUUUUAACUGUGACACGUUCCGGAGAGGGUAGCCUGGAGUUAUGUCUCAGUACAGCCAACACGGGGGAAAAGAGGAGCGCCGUGGCACCAUCAAGACAAAACAGAUUUAUUGUGGCAGACGGUUUCAUGGACUGGAGCCCAGCACAUCAGGCGCAUCCAGUCCGCGAACGUUUAUGCCACAAUAAAUCUGCUAGUCUUUAAAGGUGCCACAUGGAUCUUUGUUGUACAUUUUAAUGGGCCUCUCUGCAAGCUAAAGGUGUCUAUAUUAUUAUCGGAGUGGGUUGGAAGGAGCCCUGUGGUCCUGAUUUUCUGGGUAGUCUAUCCCCUGCCCUUAUUUUCCCCUUUAAGGAAUGUCUUACUAAAAUGGCUCAUGCAGACUACAAACACCAUCAUCCCUGACCAUUGGCUGUGCUGGCUGGGGCUGAUGGGCAUCAGAAUCAGAGAAGAUUGCUGAACUGUAAUUCCCACCCCUGCUUGACUGCUAGCCAUGCUUGGGGCUGACCGGGCUGCUACAUACCCUACUCAGAAGGUAAAGAUAAAGGGACCCCUGACCAUUAGGUCCAGUCUUGGCCGACUCUGGGGUUGCGGCGCUCAUCUCACUUUCCCCACAAUGUGCUUUUGAGGCUGAAUCCUGACAAGACAGAAGUACUGUUUUUGGGGGACAGGAGGUGGGCGGGUGUGGAGGACUCCCUGGUCCUGAAUGGGGUCACUGUGCCCCUGAAGGACCAGGUGUGCAGCCUGGGAGUCAUUUUGGACUCACAGCUGUCCAUGGAGGUGCAGGUCAAUUCUGUGUCCAGGGCAGCUGUUUAUCAGCUCCAUCUGGUACGCAGGAUGAGACCCUACCUGCCCAUGGACUGUCUCGCCAGAGUGGUGCAUGCUCUGGUUAUCUCUCCCUUGGACUACUGCAAUGCGCUCUACGUGGGGCUACCUUUGAAGGUGACCCGGAAACUACAACUAAUCCAGAAUGCGGCAGCUAGACUGGGGACUGGGAGCGGCUGCCGAGACCACAUAACACCGGUCAUGAAAGACCUACAUUGGCUCCUGGUACAUUUCCGAGCACAAUUUGAAGUGUUGGUGUUGACUUUUAAAGCCCUAAAUGGCCCAGUAUCCCUGAAGGAGUGUCUCCACCCCCAUCGUAGGGGUCCAGCGCCCACGGAGCUCCAGCGCCGAGGGCCUUCAGGCGGUCCCCUCACUGUGAGAAGCGAAGUUAUAGGGAACCAGGCAGAGGGCCUUCUCAGUGGAGGCGCCCGCCCUGUGGAACACCCUCCCACCAGAUGUCAAAGAGAUAAACAACUACCUGUCAUUAAGAAGACAUCUGAAGACAGCCCUGUUCAGGGAAGUUUUUAUUGUGUGACAUUUUAAUGUAUUUUUAAUCUUUGUUGGAAGCCGCCCAUAGUGGCUGGGGAAACCCAGCCAGAUGGGCGGGGUACAAAUAAUAAAUUAUUAUUAUUAUUAUUUUCCCCAUCGCUAGACCUUGUUUAGUAUUUUUCCUCCCCAGCCAAAAUGACCUUCCACUUCCCUCAAAGACCGAGCGCUGCUUGUUCACAUUCUAUUGCUGGCAGUCCCUGCCACCAAGCUGUUAAGAAAUGGGUUGUGAACAGUCUCCUUCAACAGCUACAAGGCUUUUCACCAUAGCCUGCAAUAAGAUUUGGAACUGGGGAAAAACCUCGCCUCCAAGUCAGGACAAAUGUGCUUAGAUGCUCAGAUCUUAGCUUCUUCACGACCCUUUCCUCCCCCCAGAUAAACACCAGGAUCGCUAAUGAGAAAUACCUUCGUGCGCACAAGGAAGUGGAAAUGCUGCUGUCAGGAUUUCUCAGGUAAGUUUUUCGACUUCUAUGAUUGGCGGCCACAGGGGGGGGGGAGGAAAUCAGCCUUGGAAGAAUCAGCUGGUGACCCACCAUUUCACUGAAAAAGUUAUUUUAAUUUACAAGGUGCCCAGGGUAUUUCUUGCGAGGCUGCAGUUCACCCUCACGGAAAAAAAAGUUUGGCAAUUUCCCCCCACCCACCUUGCUUUCCUAGCUGCCUUGCUAAUUGCUUUAUCGAUUCCCAAUGAAGGAACCGUUGUAAUUACGAAGAGGUCUUCUUAAUUGUUAUAAAUAUUUCCUCGGCCCUGUGACGGUUGUACGUUCUUGUUCCUUGUUUUUAAUAUAAAACUCCAUCACACACGCACCUCCCCAAAGGUGAAUGCAGAUGUAAAUUAAACGUUUCUCCCUGGUUGCUAAUUGGCUUAUCGAUUCCCAAUAAGGAAAGAGUGAUUUACCAAUUUGUCUUGCGUACCUUUGACAAGGACUUACAAAAUCAACAGUGAGGAGAAAGGAGGAGGGGACACAAUCAACUGCUUAAAAAACUCCCUUUUAAAAGUCUUUUUUUCCCUGUCCACCUCUCUCCCCCUCCUUCCUGCUCCAUGUUUCCAGGGAAGUUCUGCUGCAAAGACCAAAUAAUAUUCGGGAGUUUGCUGCUGGUAAGGGUUUCAUUUACUAGCCUUAUAUAUUGAGAGAUUUUAUUUUUUCACAUACCAGUUGUUGAAAGGAACUGGAGGAGAGUAUUUUCUCGUGCUCGAAUCACGCAGGUUUCCUGCAGGAAUCUGGUUGCACUCAGGAUGUUUAAACGGAAGGGCUGAUGGCCUGAUCCUGCAAAUUCUUCCUAUGCUAUUAAGAGCAGGUAGCACAGGAGCGUCUGGUGAUGGGGUACCUGCAGCCCUCUGGAGGCUGUUGGGACUCCCAGCAUCCCCUCAUCCUUGGGCACCCAUAGGUGUCCUCUGCCCAUCCCUGGCCUCAUGCGUGCAACACCCGUGCAAAAGAUUGUGGAGUCCGUCCCUGGCCAUUACCUCCACAGCUGGCAUGACCAGCUUCUGCGAGAUGGCACUGGGUGUCACGGAAUGCCCACAGACAUUUCAACUGUGCAGGGGAGAGAACUGUCACGGUCCAGUUCACGGGCGAUCGAAGUCCCAGCUGGGGACAUCGGGACCGGGGGCAAGAUGGCGGGGUGGGAGCAGGAACGGGAGUCCAGAAGCCAAGAGUCCGAGGGUCAGAGAGCGGGGAGUCACGAAGUCAGGGGUCCGAGGGUCAGGAAGCAAGGAGUCACGAAGUCAAGGGUCCGAGGGUCAGGAAGCAAGGGGUCACGAAGUCAGGGGUCCGAGGGUCGAGAAGCAAGGAGUGACAAGUCAAGGGUCCGAGGAGCAAGGAGUCAAGGAACCAAACACAACAAGGCAGGGAAUGUGUUGCUGUGGCAAAGAGCCAAAGGGAAAUACUGACCUUAUAUCCCUUCCCAGCUCUUGCCACCAGGUGCUGUGAGUUACCAAGCAGCCUCACCUGUGAGGCUGCACCUUGCCUCUCCAGAACAAACUUAGGAAGGCCCCAGUCCUGGUCACAGGACCUGGCUCCUGCACACACACCUGACAAGAACCAAGCGCACCUGAAUGAACAGCGCACCAGUUUCUGCGCGGAGACGAUGUGCACUUGAGCUACUGCCGUGUACCAAGAAGGGUCCCACCUUCCUGAUUCCCGUCCCUUGUAAAUCAGCGUCCCCGUUUUUCCCUUUCGAGAACGUCUGGUCCAAAUUUAGCCAAGAGUGACCAGCACUGUUCUCCUUCAGGGAACCCGACCUGUGGCCUUCUGAAGGCUGCUGGAUUCCCAGUUCCCACCAGCCCCAACCACAGGAAUGAUGGGAACUGUAGUCCCAAGAACAGGUCAAGGGCCACGGCUUCCCCUGGAGUGCCUUUCCCUCACGACGAUGCAGGACCCACCUGAAAAAUUAAGUUUUUUAAAAGAGGAAGAGUGACUAGUGGGGUGCCACAGGGUUCUGUCUUGGGCCCGGUCUUAUUCAACAUCUUUAUCAAUGACGUGGAUGAUGGACUCAAGGGCAUCCUGAUCAAAUUUGAAAAUGACACCAAAUUGGGAGGGGUGGCUAACACCCCAGAGGACAGGAUCACACUUCAAAACGACCUUGACAGAUUAGAGAACUGGGCCAAAACAAACAAGAUGAAUUUUAACAGGGAGAAAUGUAAAGUAUUGCACUUGGGCAAAAAAUGAGAGGCACAAAUACAAGAUGGGUGACACCUGGCUUGAGAGCAGUACAUGUGAAAAGGAUCUAGGAGUCUUGGUUGACCACAAACUUGACAUGAGCAAACAGUGUGACGCGGCAGCUAAAAAAGCCAAUGCAAUUCUGGGCUGCAUCAAUAGGAGUAUAGCAUCUAGAUCAAGGGAAGUAAUAGUGCCACUGUAUUCUGCUCUGGUCAGACCUCACCUGGAGUACUGUGUCCAGUUCUGGGCACCACAGUUCAAGAAGGACACUGACAAACUGGAACGUGUCCAGAGGAGGGCAACCAAAAUGGUCAAAGGCCUGGAAACGAUGCCUUAUGAGGAACGGCUAAGGGAGCUGGGCAUGUUUAGCCUGGAGAAGAGGAGGUUAAGGGGUGAUAUGAUAGCCCUGUUCAAAUAUAUAAAACGAUGUCAUAUAGAGGAGGGAGAAAGGUUGUUUUCUGCUGCUCCAGAGAAGCGGACACGGAGCAAUGGAUCCAAACUACAAGAAAGAAGAUUCCACCUAAACAUUAGGAAGAACUUCCUGACAGUAAGAGCUGUUUGACAGUGGAAUUUGCUGCCAAGGAGUGUGGUGGAGUCUCCUUCUUUGGAGGUCUUUAAGCAGAGGCUUGACAACCAUAUGUCAGGAGUGCUCUGAUGGUGUUUCCUGCUUGGCAGGGGGUUGGACUCGAUGGCCCUUGUGGUCUCUUCCAGCUCUAUGAUUCUAUGAUUCUAAGGGGGCUCUCAAAGCACAAGGGGCGCCCAACUAACAACCCAGCUUUGUCAGAAAACAGAGAUCAGGAGAGAGACACAGCUUGCAGAAGGAAUAUAAACCGAAGUCAUUCCAACAAGGACUGAUGGGCUGGUCCCCUGGGUUUCCGUGAGGCGUGGUCCGAGUCCAGUCCACGGUCGAGGCUGCAGUAUUGAGGCCGUCCGUCAAAGCUGAAGCUGGGUCCAAGGCAGGGUGAGGUCAGGAGAUCCGGCAGGACAGGGUGCAGGCAGGAACUGGCUACCAACAACAUUGCUCCCACAACUUGGGACUGGAGCUGGCUGGCUUUUAUCUGCCCCGAGGCACAGGGCAGCCCCGGUCCACAGGUGACUCGCCUCUCCUGGCCUGGAGGCAAGCACUCCUCCUGCGGGAACUUAGUUCCCUCCGCCUCUCUGCCCUGAGCCUCUGCAGCUCAGGAGAGGCUGGAGGGUUACCGGACCCAGAGGCAACCUCAGCUUCCCGGGACGGGGCUGAGAGUGGAGCACCUGCAGGCAAUGGGUCCUCCAUCACCUCAGGAGCCAGAGCAGACUCAGCUGAUGCCUGCACCUGAGGACCCAGCACAGGUGAGGACCCUUCAGGCUCAUGCCCCAGCCCCGGCUCAGCUGGUUCUGGAGGCGGGGACUCCUGUGCAGGCUGGGAUCCCUCAGGUCCAGCAUCCGAGUCCGAAUCCCAGGCCAUCACAGCUGAUGCUCUGGCACUGGGAGUGGCGCUCAGGAAUGGCCAGUGCAUGUAAUACUCUUUGCUGUCAGGUCUGUGACAAAGAGGACACCCCGUACAUAUGGGGUCUUUUGAUCAUGGCCGGGGUGGGUGGGAAGAGAACAGGAAGCCGAGGCCUUUCUGUCCAUUUCUACUCUGCGCCCUGGAACUUUUAUGGAGGAGCAUGAAUGGAUGAGGCAGGCAGAUCAGCACCAGGUGUGCCUAGGGGCUCCAUGCGCCCCCCAAACCACUCUCCCUGGCCCUCGGGGAGCUCUUGCCAGGCCACGUCCCCCACCAGCCCUGCCCCACAGAUUCCUUGCGUGUUUUUCUCUGGCUGGGAUGUGCCCUCUAGGGCCAAGGGUGGGGAAUGUCAGGAGCCAGAUGCGGCCCUCCAGACCUCUCCGUCUGGCCUCCAAGAGUCUCCCCAGGCAACGCUUCCCUUCCACGGCCACACGAGACCGGUGUGCUUUUGCUUGGCUGGGAUAUGCCCUUGAAUUCUUGAGGACGCCUUGAAGGUCCUCGGUGCACCUCGGAGAUGCAAUAAAUCUUUUAGCGGCCCUGGCUUCCCUCUCCCUUUGGCUAACCCUCUCGUCUUCCUUCGCUCUCUCCUCCCAGACUACUUCACCAACCCGGAACUCCCCAAGAAGAUCCAGCAGCAGAUGAUGGAGAAACUCAACGAGGCUGUCUAAGCGACGCCUCGCACUCGGGCCCCUCUCGGAGGAGAACGCAAACUCUUUGCCUUUGGACUUCCCAUCACAAAUGAACAGACCUUCCCCCGGAAAUGGGUUGUUUGCGACUCGCUUCUGCUCAAGAGAACCUCUGAAACCAACGUCCACCAACUUCAGUGGGUCUCCUCAGAGCAGGAGUGUGGAGCGGACAACCCAACUCUCUUACUCUUUGGUGUUUUAAUUUAACCUCUUCUCCUCCGGGUCCGGAGGGGAGAGAAUAAAACUGGACUUCCAAAACAAGG